AAUCAGCAGAAUAGAUUCCCUACACAGUGGGGACAAAAUAUCCCCACAAAGGUAAUAAUGUACUGUCUGCUCUCGCUGUAAAACCCAGCCCACUGUUAUCAGUGAGAGCACAGUCAGACAUUGGCAGAAACUCUGUUGAUUGAGGAAUAUUUCUCCACCUUUAGCAAACAUACAUCCUCUGAAUCUCUAACCCGCUCUCGUUCUCCCAAUGCUGCACAUGCACCAUGUGUAAAGUAGUUUAGUGCAACAUACAGUAGAUCCAGAGGAACAUGUUGAGCCUGCUAAAGGUUUAGAAAUAGCUGUUUAACUCACUCUUUUCACAACUAAUCUGUAAUCUGUAAUAUUUACAUCACAGAAAGACUUAAUGGUGGUUUUAACUCCACUACAUUUUUAAUAGCAAGAAAGAUGCGUUUACUUUCUUGAAUAAUUGACUUUUUCAAAUAACGGUAUGAAUCACUGAGUGUUUUCAUUCUCAUUGCUUGUAUGAUCAAUUAAACUGCAUGGUGCAUUGCCAUUUCUGUCAUUGUCAUGUAUCUAGUUAAUAUCUUUGUAGAAUAUAUUGAACAUUGAUGAAUGUUUAACUGGGAUUAGUGGAAUAUUUAUCUCGACAUUAAGCUUUGACAUGAGCUUGACACGUAAAUCAAUCAUUCACUUGUCCGAGUAAAAAGUUACUUGUCCAGGGGGAAAAAGGUUUUUGUUGUUGUUGUUUUUUUCAGCACCAAUGUUAUUUAUUCUGAAGCAGUCUCAUCAGUGACAUUUGCUUUAAAAAUACAUUUGCUGCGUAAAUCAGACUUACUGAAAAUGCAAAUUCAUUCUCUGCCAGCAGGAGGUGCUUUAAAGCAGGAGAAACAGGUUUCCCCAGUAUCUGAUGUACACAAAGCUGCUCUGAGCUCACAAUCGCUGUUUUAUCAGGCAUAUGACAUGAAAGAUGAAAUAAAAAUGACAUCAAAAAUUGAAUAGACUAAUUAAUCAGCUCAACUUUAACUGUGUUUGUAGAUGCGCCAUAGCCAGACUGAUAAACAAACACAGACCGGAAGUUAACUUUGGGCCAAGCACGUGCACCCGUUGAAACCGUCUAUAUGAUUAAAAUAAAUGUAAUAUGAAAAAAAUCUAUAUUUAUGAUGAACCGCAGUAAUGAUUAAUAUCAAGUUCCCUUUGAAAAUGCACAAUUUUACUGUUUGACAUCAUGGCAGAAAUUGUGCUAACCAUAGUAAAUUUUUAUAAGGAAUGUGUAUCCUAGUAAUAGAAUAACUAAUUAACUAAACAACUUUUGGGUCUGCAUCUUGAGUGGGUGUAGGAGUGGGUAGACAGGAGGAGUCAUUGGCUGAGAAAGGGAAUCCCAUAAACAGAGAGAUACUACUGGAACUCCACAGCUACACUUUCACACUCCACAGCAUCUAAGGAAAAUGGCUUUAGUGUCUGAGAUUUUGACGAAACUCACAUUGAGUAAUGGAGGAGGGGAGAGAGAACCUAAAUGCCCUACAGUGGUCCCAGUUUCUGGGUUUAACCCAGAGGAGGAUGCAGCCGAAAUCGAGACAGCCAUCAAAACCAAAGGUAUUGAUGAGCAGAAAAUCAUUGACAUUUUGACAAAAUGCAGUUGCUCACAAAGGGCUGAAAUUGCAUUUGAGUAUGAAAAACGGGCAAAGAAGGAUUUGGUGAGUGCCCUGAAGGGGGCGCUCUCAGGCUCUUUGGAGCAUCUGAUACUGGGACUGAUGAAGAGUACCGCACAGUAUGAUGCCUCUGAGCUCAAAUCAUCUGUGAAGGGUCUGGGCACUGAUGAGGAGAGUCUUAUUGAGAUGGUCUGCUCCCGCAAUAAAGAAGAGCUAAUGGAAAUCAAGAAGGUUUACAGAGAAAUGUUUAAGAAGGAGUUGGAGAAAGAUGUUUCUGGAGACACAUCUGGUGAUUUUGCAAAGCUGCUACUGGCCCUUGUACAGGCCAAGAGAGACGAGCCGAGUAACGUGGUGGACUAUGAGAAGAUCGACAAUGAUGCCAGAUCUCUCCAUGAAGCUGGAGUGAAUCGAAAGGGAACUGAUGUGACCACCUGGAUUUCAAUCUUCUCUGAGAGGAGUGUCCCACACUUGCAGAAAGUGUUUAAAAGGUACAAGAGAUACAGCCCAUAUGACAUUAAGGAGAGCAUUCAAAAGGAGGUGAAGGGAGAUCUGGAAAAAUCCUUCCUCACACUAGUUGAGUGCAUGGAGAACAGACAUCUGUAUUUUGCCAGCAGACUCAAUGAAGCCAUGAAGAGUAAAAGUGUUAAAGAUAAGGUCGUAACCCGCAUCAUCGUCUCCCGCGGUGAAGUUGAUCUCAUGAAGGUCCGCACAGAGUUUAAAAGGAAUUUUGGAAAAUCUCUGUACCAGACAAUUUUAGAGCACACUAAGGGAGACUACCAGAGAGCUCUCCUGAACCUCUGUGGAGGAGACGACUAAACAGAUGUCCAGCAAUGAAGACUUUCCGAAACAAAUAGUUCAAAAUGCAGUAUUACGGUUGAAGUUUUAUUAUUUUUAUUUGUUGUUUUACAGGGUAGUUUUCAUCUUUCUUGUUGAUAUGUUUCGGGCAACAAGUUCAUAUGCUCGAUGGAUUUUAGCGGUAACUUAUAUUGUUCUGCCCAUUGCUGUCACAUCGUUUCGUUUUUUUAUGCUGCCAAUAAUCUAAGACAUUUCUUACACUAAAUUAUUUGUUAAACACAUUCGUUUAAGGCUAAUUCGUUUAUAAGAAUGCUUUGUUUUGAAUGCUUUGUUUUCUUGUAUGAUUGUUGUUUAAUAUUAGUUAAAUUGAUCCCAUUUCACUGAAAGGAAUACAGAAUCAUGAAUUUUAUAUUAAUAUUGUUGAUAUUAA